GUGUUUAUUUGUGUGUAUCUGUUUGUGUUACCCUUCCCGUGUGUGUUGUGUCUGUGUGGGUGUUACCCUUCUCUAGUAUGUCAGAGGCAUCUCCAUGUCCCCGGACCAAGCUCCCCACCCCGCGGCCAAUGUGCAGCUGUCCCUUUAAGGGCUCCAGGCUCCCUGUCGCCGCCCCCUCCCGACCUCCCCAGCCUCUGGCAUUUAAAGGGCCCGUCCCCGCAGCUGGCACCCACCGCCCCGGCAAUGUGGCUGUCCCGGUUCUGCUCUGCAGGGGCCGCUGCCCGGCGGGCACUGGCCCCAGCCCUGUCCCUGAGACCCUACUGCACCCGCCGCGCCCAGCGCCAGGGGCUGCUCUUCCGGCAGCUCUUUGAGCCCGUGAGCUGCACCUACACCUACCUGCUCGCGGACCUGAAGACCAAGGAGGCGGUUCUGAUCGACCCGGUUCUGGAGACAGCCAAGCGGGACGCGGAGCUGGUGAAGGAGCUGGGCCUCAGCUUACUGUAUGCAGCCAACACCCACUGCCACGCUGACCACGUCACGGGCACCGGGCUGCUGAAGAAGAUGCUGCCAGGCUGCCGCAGCGUGAUCUCCCAGGACAGCGGGGCCUUGGCCGACAUCCUCAUCCGCGAGGGCCACGCCCUGGAAUUCGGGGCCUUCGCCCUGGAAGCCCGCUCCACCCCCGGACACACGGACGGCUGCCUGACCUACGUGCUCAGUGACAGGACCAUGGCCUUCACCGGGGACGCCCUGCUGAUCCGGGGCUGCGGCCGCACCGACUUCCAGCAGGGCUCCCCGGAGACCCUGUACCGCUCCGUGCACGAGAAAAUCUUCACACUCCCUGGAGACUGUCUGAUCUACCCCGCCCACGACUACACGGGCCAGACGGUGUCCACUGUGGAGGAAGAGAGGACCCUGAACCCCCGACUGACCCAGAGCCGCGAGGCCUUUGUCCAGCUGAUGAACAGUUUGAACCUUCCUGAACCCCAGCAAAUUGAUUUUGCCGUCCCAGCAAACCUCAAGUGUGGGAUACAGGAUGCAGCAACUUAGCCCCGCCCUCUUUCUCCAAUGCCACGCCCCUUGUAUUAAGCCCCACCCAUCUCAUCAUAGGCCAUACCCUCUCGUUGACCCUCAUGAUGAUGGAAGGUCCUUUGGCCUGGGGCUGGCUGUCCCUGACUCUCACUCGGGUCCCUGCCCUUAAGCAAAAUCUAGGGGCUCCCUCUUUGGGGUCCUGAGGGGGGGGGGGAGGCGCAUUCCUUAAGUGGGCAGAGGGUUAGUGAUCUUUAACCAUGGAAGCUUCCCUUCCCCUGCUGCAACGUCCCCACCAAUUCCUCUAACACCACCGGUUGGGCAUUAGGGAGUUUGCACCUUCCUCUGCAUUUUCUGUGGGGUGGGAGGAUCCCCCUAGCCUCCAUGGGGGAGCAAAGCCCCCCCAUUCCCUGAGCCUGAUGUGCAGACAGUGGGGAACCCCGGCAGCCGGUGUUGGGGUCUGAGAGAGGCCCCAGGCCCCCAUAGUCUCUAUUUGAAUGACAGGGUGCCCGGGUGGCCCCUGCUUGGUUCUGUUAGGCCCUGCUUCCAACCCACUCUGCAGGGCUCCCUCUGCUUGCUGUUUGCACUAGCUGGACUGUCUCUGCUCCGUGGGGUGUCGGCACCUCCGGGCCGGGAGUGGGGCUCCCCCACUCUGGACUGGGAGUGGGGGCUCCUGUCUGUGACUGUGGCUCAGUCUUGAGGGGGACAGGAGGGGGUUGGAAAUGAGCCACUGCUGAGAUAAUAAAGUUGUGUUGGACGCA